UUCCUCUUAUCUUCGGCGAUAUGACGUGAGUUGGGUCGAUAAGGCGCCAAUAUAAACCCUGUACGAGCAUCCAUCGAUUACAGGAUUCAUUGCGUUAGACUCGGUCGUAUCGUCAGGAUACCCAGCAGAUUUUCAUUCAUCGUUUCAUUUUAAAAGUUAUGAUAAUUGGCUUUUUACAAAAAUGGCAUCAGUAUGUAAUUCAACUCUCCUUCGAAGAAGUCUGGGAUUGGCAAAUGUUCCCCGGUUAGUCGCCUUCAGUAACCGGAAUAUUUCGUCUCAAGAAAUAAUCGAACGUGAAAAGAAAGUCAUUGCGAAUAAUUAUGACUCGUUACCAGUGGUCAUUUGCAAAGGCAGCGGUGUCCACAUGUGGGAUGUAGAAGGAAAAAAGUAUUUAGAUUUUUUCGCCGGAUUCGCGACCCUGAAUCAAGGACACUGCCAUCCGCGAAUAGUCAACACGGUGAAGGAGCAAAUUGGAGUUCUUCAUCACACUGCCAGGGCUAUUUGCCAUAAUAAUUUAUACGAAGCUUCGGAAAAACUCACUUCUUUGUUUAAAUACGAUAAAGUCUUGUUGACAAAUACAGGAGUCGAAGGUGGAGAAACGGCUGUGAAAUUAGCUCGUAAAUGGGGCUAUCGAGUGAAAAAAAUACCCGCAGGAAAAGCCGGUAUUAUUUUCGCCGCUGGUAAUUUCUGGGGCAGAACUCUGGCUGCCAUUUCAGCAUCUACCGAUCCUUCGGCUUAUUCCGAAUUCGAGCCACUCAUGCCCGGUUAUCAUAUAGUUCCUUAUAAUGAUCUAGAAAAACUUGAACAAAAACUACAAGACCCGAAUAUCUGCGCCUUCAUGGUCGAACCCAUUCAAGGAGAAGGUGGCGUUAUUGUACCUGAUGCCGGUUACUUGACCGAAGUGCGUAGAUUAUGCACGAAAUACAAUGUAUUAUGGAUCGACGACGAAGUACAAGCUGGACUCGGUCGUACUGGUAAACUUCUCUGCGUCCAUCACGAAGAAGCCAGACCAGAUAUCGUAAUUCUUGGUAAAGCUCUUUCCGGCGGAGUUUAUCCGAUCGCCGCUGUGUUGGCCGAUGCUCCGAUAAUGGAUUGUUUUACUCCCGGAGUUCACGGAUCAACGUACGGAGGAAAUCCCCUAGCUUGUAAAAUUCUACAAACAGCUUUGGAUGUUAUUUUGGAAGAAAAAUUAUGCGACAAGGCUGAAAAAUUGGGACAGAUAUUCCGUACUGAGUUAUCUAAUCGUCUCGAUAAGAAAAGGGUUACCACCGUUAGAGGAAAAGGUCUUCUGAAUGCUGUUGUGUUUAAUGAAAAUUCGCUGGAUGCUAAAAAGGUAUCCUAUAAAUUGAAAGAUAAUGGUCUGGUCGCUAAGCAGAUGAAGCCUACCAUCAUACGAUUUUCUCCAGCAUUGACCAUCACCGAACCGGAAUUACGAGAAGGAAUUGAUAUUAUUGUCGAUACGAUUAAUACAAUGCCGGUGAACGCUUAAAAGUGAUUUUGUAUCGUGGUUUUAUUUACCUAUUUUUAAACCCAUAUUCAUGUAUCGUAUUCGGGAAUUUUAUUUUCUUAUAAGUAUAUUUAAUUAACUUCAUAAUGAA